CCGGUACAGUUAUAUCGUUCCGUGCUCAAAGGGUUCUCCUCGUGAUGGGAGCUCGAAAUCGCGGUGGUAUCGGUAACUUUCCUCGGUAGCCCGAUUCCCCGAGCCGUACCGAUGUCGCGGGGUUUGUCAGGGUGACGCGUGCGGUUUUUAAACAGCUGCUCGAUUCGUUAUCGGCGAGGGAAUAUCUCCACUAGGCGGACAAGCGAGCAUACAACCGAGAGCAACAUUGGCUGGACAAGAAUUUGGAAAACGGAGGAAUACAAAGGGGAGAGGGAUAACGAGAGAUAGACAGAUUGAGAGAGAGAGAGUGCGUGCCUGUGUGUACGCGUGCAUGUGUGUGUGUGUACGUGCGUGUGUACGUGAGGGAGAGAGAGAGAGAGAAAGUAAUAAAGUGGGUGCGAGAGAGUGUGAAAUCGGAGACGAGGGGGGUUGGCUAGCAUAGCAAGUGUGGGUGCAGAAAGGACAACACUUGACAGACAGGGAGUAACCUCGAACGUCCGGUGUCGACGAAGAAACACUGGUGAGACCUUGAACGGAUGGAAGACGCGGGUAGACGCGAGCAACGAGCUGCUGACUUGUAGGUGGAAUCACGAGGACGCGUGUAAGAUCCAGAUCGUUUUGGAUACAUAUACAUAUAAUCGAAGCGUCGUUCGUAGCCGAUUUUUGGUAGCUUCGUAUACGAGAGAUUCCUUGAACGGGUACACACACACCAGCUAUCUUCGGUUUCGAACGCGCGCAAUUCGGCCGCCAUCGGCCAUCGACUAAGAGAAUAGACAUCUUGAAUGGUGGUAUAGAGUUAGAAAAUAGUCGGAAUAGGCGAAAGGAAACGAACGGAAAGAGAAAAAGAUGUCAGGGAAUUAUUCGGUUCGUUGCGAGCCCGGUCUGGUGGUGCCGAUGUGGCAUCCCGAGGAAAACCUGUAUCUCUCGGACCUGAUCAUUCGCGGAUCGAUCUACUUCCUGCUGCUGUUGUACUUGUUCAUCGGCGUGUCGAUUAUCAGUGAUCGUUUCAUGGCGGCGAUAGAGGUGAUCACGUCUAAAGAGAAAGAGCUGAUUGUACGCCGUCAGGGCAAAGAGCCGCAGAUCGUCGUGGUAAGAGUGUGGAACGAGACGGUGGCAAAUUUGACCUUGAUGGCGCUGGGCAGCAGCGCGCCCGAGAUCCUGCUGUCGAUCAUCGAGAUCUGGGCGAAGAACUUCCAAGCCGGGGAAUUGGGUCCGGGGACGAUCGUCGGCUCGGCCGCGUACAAUCUGUUCGUGAUAAUCGCCCUGUGCGUGUUCGUGAUACCGAACGGGGAAACCAGGAAGAUCAAGCACCUGAGGGUCUUCUUCGUCACCGCUACGUGGAGCAUCUUUGCGUACGUAUGGCUGUACGUGAUCCUGGCAGUGUCCAGCCCGGGUGUUCUCGAAGUAUGGGAGGGCGUGCUCACCUUCUCGUUCUUCCCGGCCACCGUGCUGACGGCCUACGUGGCCGAUCGACGUCUCCUGAUCUACAAGUAUCUGCACAAAGGGUACAGAAUGAACAAGAGAGGCGUGAUCGUGCAAGCCGAGGCCGGCGACUCGGACACGGCCGGGGUGGAGCUCGAGAUCAAGCCGCAACAGGACAGUUUAAACAGCAUGAUGGACGCGGACACGCCCGAGGCGAAGGAGUUUGAGCAAACUAGGAGGGACUACAUCAAUACCCUGCGCGAACUACGAAAGAAACAUCCGACUCUGCCGCUCGAGCAACUCGAAGUGAUGGCUCACGAGGAGGUGCUCGGCAAGGGCCCGAAAAGCAGAGCUUUCUACAGGGUACAGGCCACCAGGAAGAUGGUAGGCGCGGGUAAUCUCAGCAAAAAGAUCAGCGAAAGGGCGCAGAGCGAUCUCAGCGAGGUGAAGGCCGAACUCCAAAGGCAAGAAGCCGAGAGCAUCGACAUCGAGAACGUAAAUGCCAUGAGGAUCUACUUCGAACCUGGACAUUACACCGUCAUGGAGAACGUCGGCACAUUCGAAGUGGGAGUGACCAGGGCCGGCGGUGACCUCGCCAAGCCUUGCUCGGUCGACUAUUGCACCGAGGAUGGCUCCGCCGAAGCUGGUUCCGAUUACAUCAGCGCAAAGGGCACUUUGACCUUCGAUCCGGGCGAAACUAAGAAGACCAUCAAACUCUCCGUUAUCGACGACGAGGUGUUCGAGGAGGACGAGCAUUUUUAUGUCAGGCUAACCAACGUCUCGCAACCGGCCAUGCUGGUGUCGCCCAGUUUGGCCACGGUGAUGAUCCUCGACGACGAUCACAGCGGCGUGUUCGGAUUUCCGGAGAGGGACGUUGAUCUAGUGGAAAGCGUGGGACAGUAUCCUCUGCGAGUAGUCAGAUACAGCGGCGCCAGGGGACGCGUGGUAAUUCCUUAUCGCACCAUCGAGGGGACGGCGAAGCCUGGCAAGCAGUAUCAACACACCGAUGGCUCCCUCACCUUCGAAGACAAUCAGACAGAAAAGGUGAUUACUCUGUCAAUAAUCGAAGAAGACUCGUACGAGAAGGACGCCUUGUUUUACGUCGAGUUGGGCGAACCGAGAAUGUAUCCGAACGAUACAAAGUGCGAUUUUCUGUUUUCAGCCGAGGCAGGGAUCGCAAUCGCGGCGGAAAUGAAACAACCGGAAGAGAGAACGGCCGAAGAGAAGAUGGCACUGCUGGGUAAACCAAAAUUGGGCGAGGUGGCCAAAGCUCAGAUAAGGAUCAAAGAGUCGAAAGAGUUCAAGAAUACGGUGGACAAGCUGGUCCAAAGAGCCAACGCAUCCAUACUGCUCGGCACCAGCUCGUGGAAAGAGCAGUUCACGGAGGCGUUGACUGUGAGUGGCGGCGACGAGGACGAAGGGGAAGGAGCCGGUGAAGCAGCCGCACCAUCCACCAUGGACUAUCUCAUGCACUCCGUCACGAUAUUCUGGAAGGUGCUGUUCGCCUUCGUUCCACCGACGGAUAUCGCUGGCGGCUACCUAUGCUUCGUCGUCAGUAUAAUCGGGAUCGGCGUGGUGACAGCGGUAAUCGGGGACGUUGCAUCUUACUUUGGAUGCACUUUGGGAAUCAAGGAUUCCGUAACCGCGGUGGCUUUCGUCGCUCUUGGCACCAGUAUACCCGACACAUUCGCGAGUAAGGUGGCUGCCUGCCAGGACAAGUACGCCGACGCGAGUGUCGGAAACGUGACCGGAAGUAACGCGGUGAAUGUCUUCCUGGGAAUUGGCAUUGCAUGGAGCAUCGCGGCCUUUUACCAUGCUUGCCACGGCAAUCGGUUCGAAGUGGAACCCGGCAACUUAGCUUUCUCCGUGACGUUGUUUUGCACGGAAGCCUGCUUGGUGAUCUUGGUUCUACUGCUGAGGCGGUCGAAGACCAUUGGCGGCGAACUUGGAGGACCUUUUGUACCAAAGGUGAUAACAUCCUUGACCCUUUUUUCCCUGUGGGUGUUCUACCUCGUUAUGUCGACCCUCGAGGCCUACGGCGUUAUCGAGGGCUUCUAAGGAGCCCGAGCGACGCCAAACGUCGGCCUACCUGCUGCUGCGGCGCGGCGUGGCGUGACGUGGCGUGGCGUGGUGUGGCGUGGCGUGGCGUGGCACGGCGUAUCUUAUCACUCGCAUCCGCCAAGACGUGUGCUCGACGAACCAGUCUCUCGGCAAGUAUACAACCUUAUCCUCGAUGCUUACGAUGAUGCUUCUAUUAUCCACAAGUUCUUUCGAAUCCAUUCU